AUGCAAGUACUUGAACAAAUAGAACAUAUACAUCAGAAAAAUUAUCAAAGUGACAGACUUUUGGCUGCUAAGGGCGUAAAGAAAACUUUCGGUCUUGGCUUACAAGGAUCAAAACGACCACUGUCUCCACCGAAACUUACAGACCCGGAAGGAAGUCCUACGACAGCAAAAGCACCUGAAAAGAAAGACAUUAUAAUGGACCCGACACAACUACAAUUGCUAUUUGACAAAAUCGAUAUGGAAACCCUAAUAAAGGCAAUGAAUGAAAUGUCUAUUAACUAUGCAAAUAUGGUAACAUCGGCUACACAACAAAGAAAUUGGAAUCAAAGAAAAACUUAUCAGCCCAAUCAAAGGCAUCAAAGCAACCAACCACAAAAAUAUGAAUAUAACGAGAAUUCUCAACCCAAGAAAGUUAAUUAUUGUGAAGUGACCAAAGAAAUCAACGAUAACAAUGUAUGGGUAGAAGAACUAUAUAAUAUGGACCAACCAAUUACUGAAAAACGAAGAGGUCGCCCUCCCAGAAAUAAUGCAGAAAACAAGGAACGCAAGCAAAAAGCACAAAUACCGGAAAUUGAUGAAUCAGGUGACCACGAUGAAGACAACGCUGAUGAAUUGUUUGAUGAACUUGAGUACGAAAGUGAAGAGCUUGAAGAACUUGAAAGUUUUUCGUCUGAUUGUAUAUCAUCCGAUGAAGAAAGUAUUGUAAAAAAAAAAAAGGAUACAAAAAUAGUUGAAAUUGAAAGCCCGGCUGUAUGUUUGGCGGUGAUGGAAGAAAUUCCAACCGAUAAGAAAGUACCCGCUGAUGAAAAACCAACAAUAGAAGAACAAUUAAAUAAGAUCAUUGACGAUACAAAUAUUGAAGAAAAAUAUAAAGAGAGCGUAAAAGAGUUAUUUAAAAACAAUAAGAACUUAUUUGCAAAUGGACUAGAAGAACUUGGAUGA